AUGCGGCAGGUGGUGACAGGUGGUGCUGCAACACACGCCACCAUGCUGCAGGUGGUGACAGGUGGUGCUGCAACACACGCCACCAUGCUGCAGGUGGUGACAGGUGGUGCUGCAAUACACGCCACCAUGCAGCAGGUGGUGACAGGUGGUGCUGCAACACACGCCACCAUGCAGCAGGUGGUGACAGGUGGUGCUGCAACACACGCCACCAUGCAGCAGGUGGUGACAGGUGGUGCUGCAACACACGCCACCAUGCUGCAGGUGGUGACAGGUGGUGCUGCAACACACGCCACCAUGCUGCAGGUGGUGACAGGUGGUGCUGCAACACACGCCACCAUGCUGCAGGUGGUGACAGGUGGUGCUGCAACACACGCCACCAUGCAGCAGGUGGUGACAGGUGGUGCUGCAACACACGCCACCAUGCAGCAGGUGGUGACAGGUGGUGCUGCAACACACGCCACCAUGCAGCAGGUGGUGCCAGGUGGUGCUGCAACACACGCCACCAUGCUGCAGGUGGUGCCAGGUGGUGCUGCAACUCACAUGACCAUGCAGCAGGUGGUGACAGGUGGUGCUGCAACACACGCCACCAUGCUGCAGGUGGUGCCAGGUGGUGCUGCAACUCACAUGACCAUGCAGCAGGUGGUGACAGGUGGUGCUGCAACACACGCCACCAUGCUGCAGGUGGUGACAGGUGGUGCUGCAACAUCACGCCACCAUGCUGCAGGUGGUGACAGUGGUGCUGCGGAACAUCACGCCACCAUGCUGCAGGUGGUGACAGGUGGUGCUGUGCAACACACGCCACCAUGCUGCAGGUGGGUGCCAGGUGGUGCUGCAAACACACGCCACCAUGCGGCAGGUGACAGGUGGUGCUGCAACACACGCCACCAUGCUGCAGGUGGUGACACAGGUGGUGCUGCAAACACACGCCACCAUGCUGCAGGUGGGUCAGGUGGUGCUGCAACACACGCCACCAUGUUGCAGGUGGUGACAGGGUGCCAGUAA